UUUUUUUCUUCUUUGUCCAAAGAUCGCCUUAAAUUGAUUCUAUCACUUAUUUGCGUCAUUUCACCAUGUAUAAAUUCAAAUUGUUUUUCGGUUUUCAUAUUUUCAAAGCAAUAAAUUUUUUGUUAAUUGUGGUAGCGACGACACGACGAUUUUGAUAUUUAUCUAUUAUUUCUUAAAUAUAUGCGUAUACUAAUUUAGAUUUUUUCGUUUAGAUGGCUUCAUAUAAUUUUAAAAAGUUUUACGAAUUUGGACGGAAAAUCGUUUGCGUUGGCCGAAAUUAUCGAGAACAUGCCUUAGAAUUAAACAAUCCCAUUCCUGAAAAACCACUCAUUUUUGCUAAAACGGUCAAUGCCUAUGUUCUUGAUGGUGGUAAAAUUAAAGCGCCAGCUGAUUGUUUAUGCCUACAUCAUGAGGCUUACGACUACAUUGGUGGUUACACAAUUGCCCUAGAUAUGACUGCUAGAGAUAUACAAGAUGAUUUCAAGAAAGCAGGACAUCCUUGGUACCUCGCAAAAUCAUUUGAUUCGUCUUGUCCGAUUGGGGAGUUUAUAGAUAAGAAGAAAAUAACGGAUCCUCACAAUUUAGAAAUAUAUUGUUCAGUUAAUGGUCAAAUUCGUCAAAAGUCAAAGACUGAUUGUAUGAUUUUCAACAUACCGACGCUUUUGGAGUACAUAACUCGUACUAUUACUCUACAACCGGGUGAUCUUGUACUCACCGGCACUCCGUCAGGUGUUUCUCAAUGUGUUUCUGGCGAUAAACUUGUAAUUGGAAUAAGUGGAAUAACAGAAGCGUCGUUCGAAAUUCAGUAA